UAGAAAAUGCUUACCCACCACCUCAAAUCUUCAAUUCACACAACCGCUGGUCUUCGAGCUGCUACGUCAGCAGCAAAUAAUAUAAUAAGUCAGGCAAAUCUUCAGUCAGACAUUUCUAAGGUAUUGUUCAUCGAUGAUGGCCGGAAGAUAACUUAUGGUGAUUUUGUGCAACGUGCAGGACAGUAUGCUACUGCCCUUACUGAGAAAUACAAAAUUAAGAAAGGCGACCGAGUAAUGGCUCGAGUUUCAAAAACCACUGACACAGCUGCUCUGUACGCUGCUUGUCUUCAAAUUGGAGCACUUUACGUACCAGUUAACCCUGCACUAACUCAAUCGGAAGCAGCACAUUAUGUUAAGGACGCGAAACCUUCGCUUUGGAUAACUUGCAAAGAUGAUGCGGAUCAAAUUGCCAUGUUUCAAAGAGUUUUGAAGACAGUCUGCAUUGAUAACCCAGUUGAAGUAAUUAAUGAAAAAGUACUUGCAGAUGAAGCAGGAAAAAGAAAGGCCUGCACAAUGAUCGAGCAUGUCGAAAAAUCGAACGCUGCGACAAUCUGUUUCACUUCUGGUACCACUGGUGCUCCCAAAGGAGCUGUUCUUUCCCACGGAGCACUGACCAACAAUACGAAUGCAUUGGUUCAAGAAUGGGGAUUCACCGAAAAUGAUGUGAAUCUUCACUGCCUCCCAAUCUUCCAUGCUCACGGACUUUACUUUUCCCUUCACUGCUCACUGUUCUCCCAUUCAAGUGUUAUUUGGCGGCCGAACUUUGACGCUGAGGAUUGCAGUAAGCAUUUGAAGAACGCAACGGUUUUCAUGGGAGUUCCAACUUUUUACUCGAGACUUUUGGCAACAAAUAACUUUAACAAAGAAUCAUUUGAAAAAAUAAGGCUAUUCAUUUCGGGCUCAGCUCCAUUAUCUGUGCCAACUCUUGAAGAAUUCGAAAAACGAACCGGUCAAGUUAUUCUGGAAAGAUAUGGAAUGACAGAAGCCGGAGUUAUUGCAUCAAACCCCUUGAAAGGAAAACGAAAAGCUGGAACGGUUGGACAAGCUCUCAAGGGAGUUCAGUGUCGUGUAACUGAAAACGGAGAGAUUGAAAUUAAAAGUGAUUCAAUCUUCAGUGAAUAUUGGAAGAAUCCAGAAAAGACCAAGGAAGAAUUCACAGAAGAUGGAUGGUUCAAAACGGGAGAUGUUGGUAGUCUCGACAAAGAUGGCUACCUUACUAUUGGAGGAAGAUCCAAGGAUAUGAUAAUUAGUGGUGGGGAGAAUAUAUAUCCCAAGGAGAUUGAAGACGCCAUUGAUUCAAUUGAGUUUGUGAAAGAGUCCGCAGUCAUCGCAGCUCCUCAUCCGGACUUUGGAGAGGCUGUGGUAGCUGUAGUUGUGCCGAAGAAUAUGGUGGAAGAUGAGCAGAAGUUUGAAGAAGAUUUAAUUGAGAUGCUAAGAAAAAAACUUGCAAAGUAUAAGGUCCCGAAGAAGGUUAUCCUACUGGAAGAGCUGCCACGAAACCAUAUCACAAAAGUUCGAAAGGACAUUCUCCGUGCCUCAUACAAUAAACUUUUUUCGUAAUGCCUGUAUUUUCACAUUUUGUUAGUUUUCUAGCCCCAGGAAAUUAGGGUUUGUACAUAUGUAUUUUUUGUAAAUAAAACUGUUAACUGAGU